GGCUCAUGGAGAUCCGACCCUUUUCGCACAUCUCAAUCCCUCUAGCUCUCGCGCUAAAAUAUCAGUUAAACCCUAAACCCUCUCUCUCUCUCUCUCUCUCCUCACCAUGGCAUCUAUGGCGAGCAGGAGGAACCCAGUCCUCACAUCCUUACCUUUCAUCUUCACAUGGAGAAGAUUCGGCUUCCGCACCAUUCACAGCGGUCAUAUUGGCUUCGCUCCGUCCGAUUACGAGACCUCUGUCGCCGGAACUAAGGUUCUCGAAAAAUUCACAGAAGAAUUCGAAAUCGGAUCGAGGAAAAUUACAUUGGAGACAGGAAAGAUAGCUCGAUUUGCCAACGGAGCAGUUGUUUUAGCCAUGGAAGAUACCAAAGUUCUCUCCACCGUUUCUUCAGCUAAAGGCGACUCUGUUCGCGACUUCUUGCCCCUCACUGUUGAUUACCAAGAGAAACAAUUCGCACAAGGUGUGAUUCCCAACACAUUCAUGCGAAGGGAGGGUGCUCCAAAAGAACGUGAACUUUUAUGUGGUCGUAUCAUUGAUAGACCCAUACGACCACUUUUUCCUGCUGGAUUCUACCAUGAGGUCCAGGUAAUGGCAAGUGUUCUUUCUUCUGAUGGGAGGCAAGAUCCAGAUGUAAUGGCAGCUAAUGCAACAUCUGCUGCUCUUAUGUUAUCAGAUAUUCCUUGGGGUGGUCCCAUUGGAAUGAUACGUAUGGGAAGGAUUUCUGGGAAAUUUAUUGUUAAUCCAAGCAUGGAUGAGCUUAAUUUAAGCGAUCUCAACUUGGUAUAUGCCUGCACAAAGGACAAAACUUUGAUGGUAGAUGUGCAAGCUCGUGAGAUUUCAGAAAGAGAUCUGGAAGCUGCCUUAAGGCUGGCUCAUCCUGAGGCAGUUAAAUAUCUUGAGCCUCAAAUCAGACUAGCAGCCAAAGCUGGUAAGCGGAAGAAGGAAUAUAAAUUGUCUGUGGUGUCAGAGGGCACAUUGGAAAAAAUCAGGAACUUGACCGAAGCACCUAUUGAAGCUGUCUUUACAGAUCCUACCUAUGGCAAGUUUGAACGUGGAGAGGCCUUAGAUAAGAUUACACAAGAUGUAAAAAAGGUACUGGUUGAAGAGUGUGAUGAAGAAAGCUUAAAGGUUCUAUCAAAGACGGUUGACACUGUAAGGAAACAGAUUGUUCGAAGAAGAAUUAUUGCUGAAGGACUUAGAGUUGAUGGAAGGCGUCUUGAUGAAGUUAGGCCUUUGUUUUGUGAAGCUGGUUAUCUACCUCAAUUGCACGGAUCAUCACUUUUUUCACGUGGAGAUACCCAGGUUCUUUGUACUGUGACCCUUGGAGCACCUGGAGACGCUCAACGUUUGGAGUCCCUGGUCGGUCCCUCAACCAAGCGUUUCAUGCUUCACUAUAGUUUUCCACCAUUCAGUAUUAAUGAAGUGGGUAAAAGAGCUGGCCUGAAUAGGCGGGAAGUUGGGCAUGGCACUCUUGCUGAGAAAGCUCUGCUUGCUGUGUUACCUCCUGAAAAUGAUUUAAGAUAUACAAUCCGUGUUAAUUCAGAAGUCAUGGCCUCUGAUGGUUCAACAUCAAUGGCAACUGUCUGCGGAGGCAGCAUGGCUUUGAUGGAUGCGGGAAUUCCAUUAAGUGAACAUGUAGCAGGUGUGUCCGUAGGCCUUGUGAGUGAUGUUGAUCCAUCAACUGGCAUAAUCAAGGAUUACCGCAUACUGACUGAUAUUUUGGGCCUGGAAGAUCAUCUGGGGGACAUGGACUUCAAAAUUGCAGGCACACGGAAUGGAAUAACAGCAAUUCAAUUGGAUAUAAAGCCUGCUGGAAUUCCUCUAAAUAUUAUUUGUGAGAGUUUGGAACCUGCAUUUAAAGCUCGGCUUCAAAUCCUUGACCACAUGGAACAAGAAAUAAACGCGCCGCGUACUCAGGAUGAAAGGAAUUCUCCACGAAUAGUUACCUUGAAGUACAGCAAUGAAGCUCUUCGCCGCAUGAUUGGGCCUCUUGGUGCCUUAAAGAGAAAAAUUGAAGAAGAAACAGGUGCACGGAUCUCUGUGAGUGAUGGAACACUUACAAUAGUCGCUAAGAACCACUCUGUACUGGAAAAAGUAUUAGAAAAGGUUGAUUUUAUAAUUGGUCGUGAGAUUGAAGUUGGAGGGAUUUACAAAGGCAUUGUAACAUCGAUCAAAGAAUAUGGUGCUUUUGUGGAGUUUAAUGGAGGCCAACAAGGUCUCCUACACAUUUCUGAAUUGUCACAUGAACUGGUGUCCCGAGUUUCAGAUGUGGUAUCUAUUGGCCAGCAACUUUCAUUAAAGUGCAUAGGGCAGGAUGUUCGUGGUAACAUCAAAUUAUCUCUUAAAGAAACUUUACCCCAACCAGGAUCCGGAACAAAUAAUGUGGUUGAACAAUCUUUUGCCUUUAUAAAACAAGCACAUAAUGAUUGGACAUCAGUUGGCGAUGUGCCUACUGAGCAAGGAAAUCAGCACUCCGCCAUGGGGGAUGUGCUAGCGAGUAAACAUGAAAUUAGUGUGGAAAACUCCUCUUCUUUCUCAUCAUCAUCUAUUCUAAUUCGAAGUGCUGCAGAGUGUGACGAGGCGGAAAAAUCUGCCGGCUUAAAUCAGAAUUCUAAAAGUGGCCCUCGGGAUGAUCUAAAUGAUAAGGAAGCUGUGGUCAAGGCUCCAAUAAAUGCGAGAAAUCUGAAGCUUGGGAUGAAGGUAACAGCUAAGGUUCACCAAAUUCGUGCACGGGGAUUAGUCCUUGACUUGGGUGGUGGAAUUCAUGCUAUGUAUCGGUUUGAGAGUAGCGGCAGGAGAGACUUUGAGAUCGGCGAUGAGUUGAGAGUCACGUGUUCAAGUUUUUCUAGCAAGGGAAUUCCUGUAAUGUCUAUGGUAGAAGAUGAAUAGUCUUGUAUCGGCUUAUAUCCUUCCUGAGAAUAAAAUUGCAUACUUGUCAUGCCCAUCAAUGAGCAAGAACAUUGGUGUGAAAAAAUAUCGUGUACCAUAAGCGCAGAGAUGUUGAAAAUGCUGGGAAAAUAUUGGGGUGUGCAUGGAUCAAGGCGUGUGAUGUUCAUAUGACCUGGUGGGCGAUGCAGCCUUGGCUGGAGCAAAGCUUUUGCGACCUAGGGCUUGUCCACGUAACAAUUAGAAUGGCUCUCGGUUCUCAUUUGAAGGUUCGUUUUUCCAAAGCUAGUGAACUUCAUCGAUCUGAACUGUCAUGAUUAUGAUGCACAACACGGAUUUCAAAAUUUUGAUUAUAUAGAUGGCCUGUGCUGUGUGAUUUUGUUGUAAAUUUAUUUAUUUAUUGAUUUUGUUAUUAAUAUCUAUUCGAGU